CCCUGGUCGUUCCGAUCCGCCGCAGAGACGCUGUGACCUCCCGGUGAACCUCCGCAGCAGGAAACGCGGUGAGGCAGUCCCGGAGGCAGCGACGCCGCAUAUCAGUUUUAUAGCUGUAUUUCGCUAGUCGAAGUCAAACGAUAUUAAAGUUAAUGACGACCAAGACAGCCGACCUGUAAUACCGUGGUUGCUGGUAAACGGAAGCAUUACGCCUGUGAAUGGUGCACAAGAUGCCUGGUCAACCUGAUAACUUAAAGCCCAGAAAGAGGAAGAGCAGCUCCAAGGUUAGAAGCUCCAGAAAGGUUUCUGCUACAAGGAGAUGUAUGAAAAGUCCAAAGACACACUCAGCAGCAGAGAGCGAUUCAGUAGUCGGUGAUUACAAUAAAGCAGCACCUCCUCUGGAGAGGCGCUCUCGCAUUAGCUGUGAAUGUCACCAGUCUGCUGGCAGGAGGAGAUGCUCAGCAUCACCACAGCUGGAAGGACAGGAAGAGAAGGAGAACGAGCUGAGGACAGGGUUGGACCUAGACAACUACAGCACCUGGGACAAACAGGAGCCUGAGCUUAUGGAUUAUGAAGAAACAGACAAAAUCAUCUUCCCAGACGAUGACAGUAACCACGUUCUUCCUGUGGAGCAGUUCUUUGGAAACCUGGACACUGUACAGGAUUUUCCUCAAAGAUCAUCAGCAACUUCUUCCCACGUCCAGAGGGAGAAGAGGAAACGCCAUUACUACGCACGGGAAGACAGUGAUGAGGAGGAGGGGGGCUUUAGCAGUAUGCAGCGAGAUGGCAGAGGGGACACCUAGUGAAGAACCACUCCUCUGAUGACUGAGCUGGACUUAAAGUUAUGCCUGUGGAAAGACAUGAAACCUCUGAGCGCUUAGGAAAAAUCAGCCAAAAGAAAUUAAAUGUUGAGGCACUGCAUUCAGUACGUCCUUGUCAUCUGCUAAAACCACACCUCUGUUAUAAGUAGACCAUGUGUGAAGGUGGUGAAAGUCCGCUGCAGUGUGACGGAGGUAGUCAUGAACUUGUGGCUGAAUAUGCUGUCGGUGUACCAUUACUUACAGACAAGCCUAUUAUCUGGGUGUGAUUAUGUUAUACCUGUGACUUGUCACAGCUCAAACACACAAGCAUCACAGCAAUAGCUGAAGUUUCAUCACAGGUGAAUAUGCCUGUUUUAAAGCAACUUUUCCAUGUCAAAACAAUGGACAACGAUGGGCAACUUUUUAUUUUAAAGCCCACCCAAAUAUGCUUGAAUGCCAAACUGUGUUCUAUGUAUAACAUUUGGUCUGAUACUUAAAAAUGUUAUUGAUUGUAACUAUCCAAUGUUGCUACAGUAGUAAAAUUCUCCUGCUCACCUGUGAGCAAAUAGUUACACUGUUAAAUAACUUAUUGCUGAAUGUGUGCUCACACUGCACCUAAUUUAGAUCUACCUGAGGGGGUUCUACGAAGCUAGGAAAUUGCUAUUGAUGCAAGUUAAUCUACUUAUUUUCCCAAUCGAUUCACACUCAGUGCAGCUGCUUAUUUCUGACAAGACAACUAUGCAUAAGAGCUUUUAAACUUCAUUUAUCGAAACAUGAUAUUUCAUGUUUUCAAUGAAAACUCGCACUUUUAUUCAUGUGCUAACUUAGUUGCACAAGGGUUUUCUAAUCAUCAGUUAGCCUUUCAACAUGAUUAGCUAACACGAUGUAGCAUUAGAACACAGGAGUGAUGGUUGCUGGAAAUGAGCCUCAGUUCCCCUACGUAUAUAAUUCAUUAAAAAUCUGCCGUUUCCAGAAUCUAAAAUAGUCAUUUACCACAUUAACAAUGUCUAGACUGGAUUUCUUAUUGAUGUUGUCUUCAUUGAAAGAAACUGCUUUUUUAUUUCAAAAAUAAGGACAUUUCUAAAUGACCUCAAACUUUUGAUUGGGAGUGUAGGUCUGACAGUUCCAUAGUAAAAGUACAUGUGAAAAGCUUUUGGCUAAUUCAAAGUGAAAGUAAUGUUACAGAUAAAAUAUUAUUGGAAAAAGAAUUAUCUGUAGCCGCAGCCACAGUAGUGUAAAAUGGUCUGCGCAGCAAAUCUGGACCACGUUUAAAAUCAUUUAUGCAUUUUCUGUAUCACCACUACGUCUUUUGGUUCCCAUGGUAACACCACAUACAAUUUUCCACUAUAAAUGCAGAGCUUUGUUCAGUGGCAUUAGUGGCCACUCCAUGAAACAUGUAUUCCUUCAGAGAGAUAAUCAGGAAAAGAAUUGGUUAAACAGUGGUGUUCUUACAGCUGAUUUUUUUUAAAUUAAAAUUUCAAACUCUGAAUAGAACCUCUCUAGAAGAUUAGCUGUGCAUCAUCAGUUGCUAUGUUGAUCUAGAAGGUCCAAAGAAAGGUUUGUGACAUUGAAGAGUAAUUAUUAAUGUUGCAAAAUAAACCUGGCUUCGUAGUACACCCCUUCUGGUCUCACCUGGAGGUGAUUUUGACAAAGCACUUGGAGACAAGUCAGUCCAUGCGAUACUGCUUCAUAAUUGAAUGCAAGUUUGCAGUUUAAGAUACGUCCUGUAAGACACCAAAGAGAACUGGUUUAAAGUUGCAAGCUUCAAAAUUAUUUUUUUCCAAAUCUCCAAAUUACAUUUUAUAAAAUGUGAAAGACAUCUCUAAAGUCGGCAUAGUGAACUGAUUUCAGAUUACAUAACUAUAAAGAAGGAUGGAGAAUGUGCCAAAGAGCAGUUCUGUAAUGAGAGCAUUUACUACCAUGAACUCAUUGUUUCAUAUGAAUGUCAACAGUUUAUUGCAUAAGAGUCAUGAUUCACCAAGUGUCUAAUAUUCCUCAACACGUGUGUUCAGUUUUUUUUGGCAGCUUUCUAUCAUGUCUGUAUAUACACAUAUCAAUGCAACUAAUUUCUGUGAUACGGUUCCUCAUGAGUUCAUAUUUACAAAAAUGACAACUGUAUACAAAAAAAUAUUGUUUAAAACACUGAAAUCUGGAAAUAAUUAGAGGACAACUUAGUCCUGAGUGAAAAUCUAACCAUCUAACCUGGAGGUUAACAGUAAUUGCACUUUUGCUAUUCACAUCUAUUGUACUAUUUUGUAUAAAGUUGAUUACUCUGACCAUCACAAUCAAAUCUUUUAUAUAUUUUUACUGCCUUAUUUAUGCAAAUUGCUUUUCACAUUUAUGCAACUUUCUGACUUUGUGAAUGCCUCAUUCAUUGAGUAGUCUUUGUAAUCAAUUCAUGUAUUUUACAUUGCCGUGCCAACAUGAAGAAUAAAUAAAUGUUGUUCAUGAUUUCAA